CGCCGGAUAAUUUAUUAAUCAUCUCACGGCGGAAGAAGAAGAAGAAGAAGAAGAUGGAGAAAUCGAAGAAGACAGAUACGUCGUUCAUCGCCUCCAUGAACGACGAUCUUCUACAUAACAUUCUCCGAAGAUUACCCGCGAAACCGUUCGCCUUCGCUUCCUGCGUAAACCGAUCAUGGAACAUCGUCUGUAAUCACAUCCUCUCUCGCCCCAAAAUGGUCUCCGCUUUCUCUAGAAACUCCGAUCAACUCAAAGCUGUAGAAGAAGCAGUUGAUAAAGCUUUGUCUGAACCAAUUCGACCAGAUUUCGUUAUUGCAAACAUUACAUGUGGGAACAUGGAAGUAACUUUGAGGCUG